AUGCCUGUUCGUUUGUACCCGACGGUAAAUCGAGAAGAAGGCCCUGCCUCUGUUCUUGUAGCUGAACCUUUAGAUUAUGAAACAACCAGGACUUUUAUCCUGAAGAUCCGAGCUCAGACCGUUGCUGCUGUGCCAUUGGCUGCCUUCACUACGGUGUACAUUAACAUUACAGAUGUGAAUGACAAUGUGCCCUUUUUUACCUCGUCCAUAUAUGAGGCCACCGUUACAGAAGGCCUUGAAUUGGGAACAUUUGUGCUCCAGGUGUCUGCAUCUGACCAAGAUCUCGGACUGAAUGGAGAGAAGAUCGCAGCGGAGACCAUGCUCUGUUCCACAUCGAUCCCCAGACAGGAGUCAUUUACACAGCUGCCGUGUUUGACCGGGAGACCAAGGGCUCGUAUCUCCUAGAAGUUAUGUCGUCAGAUGGAUCAGAGUCUGCUCGACCUGGAAAACAUGGGCAAC